AUGUCAACAUUUCCAGCUAUGAGCGUUGACUUGAAAACAACCUGCUCCAUUGUCAGUGUUUUCAAAUACGACAAGAUGGAGAUCAUAGCCAAAGACUACGGUAACCGCAGAACCCCGAGUUGUGUGCCCUUCGCAGGUAAGGAACGUCUCAUCGGUAAGGCUGUAAUGAACCACAUGCACAAACAGGCCCUGUGGCUCGUCUACUGA